CGAGACUACACAGAGACUCUAAAGACUGUACGCUCUGCCACUGAUGCAAUAUCUUCAUUCAGCAUAAACAUGUUGACUGGUUACGUUCUCAGACGUUUUUGGAUUCGUCACUAUGAAGUGUCAUCCGCACCACCAAACAAUAUUCCAUCAAAUCGAGAAAUUCACUCUGCCCCGUCGACAGACAUUUCGUCCGACAACUUUGCAUUCGAAGCAAAGCCAUGCUAUCAAACCCUUCCUACUUUUCACAAAGACAAGUUGCAACUCGGUGCCAAGGCUAGAGCUGCUCAAUAG